AUGAAACAGAGGAGAAGCAGAUGGAGCAGAGGAGAAGCAGAUGGAGCAGAGGAGAUGCAGAUGGAGCAGAGGAGAAGCAGAUGGAGCAGAGGAGAAGCAGAUGGAGCAGAGGAGAAGCAGAUGGAGCAGAGGAGAUGCAGAUGGAGCAGAGGAGAUGCAGAUGGAGCAGAGGAGAAGCAGAUGGAGCAGAGGAGAUGCAGAUGGAGCAGAGGAGAAGCAGAUGGAGCAGAGGAGAUGCAGAUGAAGCAGAGGAGAAGCAGAUGGAGCAGAGGAGAAGCAGAUGGAGCAGAGGAGAUGCAGAUGAAGCAGAGGAGAAGCAGAUGGAGCAGAGGAGAAGCAGAUGGAGCAGAGGAGAAGCAGAUGGAGCAGAGGAGAAGCAGAUGGAGCAGAGGAGAUGCAGAUGAAGCAGAGGAGAAGCAGAUGGAGCAGAGGAGAAGCAGAUGGAGCAAAGGAGACCGAGCAGGGGCGGAAAGGAGAUGGAGCAGAGGCGCAAAGGAGAUGGGGAGCAGAGGUGAAGGGGGGAGAAGAAUGAGGGAGGAGCGGAGUGUUGAGCGCUGCAGCAGGGGAGCAGAGGAGACGGCCUAUCAGCGCUCCUACCUCUCUCCUCACUCAUGGACACGGCAGCUGCCACCUCCCAGAGCGCUGCAGAGUGAAGGGGGGAGCAGAAUGAGGGAGGAGCGGGGUGUUGGGCGCUGCUACCUCGCUCGCUCCUACCUCCCUCCUGUGUGCUGCUUCUGGUGCUGUGGCCCCAAGCGAUGGUUCCCACCUCAACGUGGUGCUUGGGUGUAA